GCAUCAUAUUAAGGAAUGAGUUUUGUUUCACAAACGGCGCCUUCGCCAACCAAAAAGGAGGAUGACAAGAGUAAGCAAGGAGUUAAACGGAAAUCAGGAGCCUCGAAAGAUGGCGCUGAAAAAGAUCAGGGCAGAGUGAAGAGCCAAACGCGACCCCGUGCGCACAGUGGGACCAGCAGUUCCAGUUCCAGUAGCGGCUCGGGUUCAAGUUCCAGCUCGUCCACAAGCUCCUCCGGUUCUUCGAGCUCCCGCUCAUCUUCGUCGUCGCCAAGCCCCAACCGACAACAACCCAACCGACGACGCUCCCUCUCAAAACCCAAAGUGACCAAGAAAGAUGAUCGGGAAUGGCGGAAGAAGAGUCCCGCUCCAAAACCCACCAAGGUCUAUCUGGGCCGACUAACAAGGAAUGUCAUCAAGGAACACAUUCAGGAGAUCUUCUCCACCUAUGGCAAGAUCAAGAUGAUCGACAUGCCGAUGAACCGCGUUCACCCUCAUCUGUCCAAGGGCUGCGCGUACAUCGAGUUCGAGACCCCCGAGGAAGCCGAGAAGGCUCUCAAACACAUGGAUGGAGGACAGAUUGACGGUCAGGAGAUUACAGUCACAGCCGUUCUGACACCGACAGUGCGCGCCCCACCUCGGAGGAUGUCCCCUCCCCGCAGAAUGCUGCCUCCACCCCCGAUGUGGCGACGCUCUCCGCCUCGCGUGAGGAGAAGGUCGCCAAGGCGACGCUCCCCAGUCCGGCGCAGGUCCCGGUCAGCUGGCCGCCGUCGCCACCGGUCACGCUCUAGUUCCAACUCCUCCCGCUAGAGAAAAUAAUUGCCCACCGCAAAAAAAAAUGUGAAUGCAUUAUUUCCCCUUCUUUCCUUUUUUCACUUUCAAAGCAACAUUGGAAUACUGUAGAACUCUGUGCAGCUGUCACUUUCCCCAGUCCAUUUUUUUUUUAAUGUGAGCGGUCAAAAAGAUUAAAGGCAAGAUCUAUAAUUGCAGAA